GAGCAACGUGACUCCGUGACUCUGGCGUUGAGCGUGACGGCGGCGAGACAAUGAGUGACCCCGAGACGGAAUAUCAAGAUGACCCCAGAACGGCUUGCAAAUAUGGUGAAUCGUGCUAUCAGAAGAACCCCCAGCACCACAGUAGAUUCAAGCACCCGCCCAAGAGGAAACUGGAAUGCACCGAAAGCGAAGCGGAAGAUCUAGUUCCUAAAGGAAAGAAAUGCAAAACAGAAGAAAGUGAAGGAAAUGAUUCUGACUCUGGAGACAAUUUUGAAGUGCCUUCCAUUGACAAAGAGGAGGACAAAGUAAACACCAGCCAGCCAGAAGAAGAUGCAGCUGAAUCCCCUGUUCAUGAGUUGGAGGUCGCUGCCUCACCAGAAAAUGUUCGGGAGAGCAUUGAGCAGAAGUUUCUUUUGGAUAUGCCAGAUGAUUUCUUUGAUUUCUGGGACCUUUGCAAGACACUUAACAAAGAAAAACCUGAAGAAGCAUUCAUCAAAGCUGACAUCACCCUAGUUGGCCCAUAUGACAUCCUCUCAGGCAAGCUGAAAAAUCUUAAGACCAGAAAAAUAUCAAGUUAUGUUUGUCACUGGCGGUAUUAUUAUGACCCACCGGAGUUCACAACUGUGAUAGCAGGAGGCAAAGAUGAAUAUCACAUUGGAUAUUAUCGAGAUGAUUGCUUCCUCUUACCAGCUUUUGUUGGUUCAAUGUCCUCUGUCAAGCCUGGCAGUAUUACCCUAAUGGGAGGGAACAUAUUUAGUGCUGUCAGCAUAUAUCUGUCACAGAAGAUGAAGGCUGAAAACCCUUUCAAGAAAAUAACUCUGCAAAGGCUGCAACAAGAGGUAGACAAUUAUGCAAAGUUAAAAAAGCAUUCACUGGAGCAGAGACCAUCUUCUGUGCAAGAACGUUCAAAAAAGGUGGUCAGUAAGUGUUUUCAUGGGGCAGGCAUUGUGGUCCCAGUGCACAAUGAUGUUGGCUACAGGCCCAUCCCCGAAACAAAUGCCAGCUUGAAGAAGAUUUUCCAGAAAGUAGUGGAUGCCAAAUCAGAAGAAGAAAGAUUGAAACACUUUGAUGCAGUUCAAGAGCUGAUGACCAAUGUACAGUUUGCUUUUGAUGAAGGAGACUUUGGAAUGGGGCUGGAGUUUGGCCACAAUAUGUUUACUUUCGGAGGAGAAGUGUUCCACAAAGCCAUCAGUCAUAUUCUAGGGGUUGCUUACGAAUUGCUUGGAAGAGAUGCCUUUGUUGAUAUAUUACAGGCACAUUUGAAGAACAGGCGUCGAGGGACUAAUCUAAGCAUACUGGAAGUUGUAGAGUAAAAAAAAAAAAAAUACACACACACACACACA